UUCUAUGAAAUGGGGAGCUAUCGCUCUAUUUUCUUCAACCCUAUGUACUUUAGGUUAUAUUUUUUUUUUACUAUUUUGGUUUGUUUGUUUUAUAUCUAUACUAUGUGAGUGUGCUAAAAACCAGUGUAAUAUCAAAAAUAAAAUUCACUAAACAAAAAAAAAAUGAUAGCGAUGAGGAUGUCUAAAUAACAAUCAAAUGACAAACAACGAAUUAAUUUCAUAGUAAUUGAAUUCUUAAUAAGGGCUAUUCAAACACAAGAGAGAAAGAGACUAAAUCAACCGUCAAUCAUUAUUAAACAAUUGUUUAGAAAGAAAUAUAAGAAAAAUAAAAAGUUUGCCCAACAAAGAAGAAAAAAUUCUCCGAUAAAAGGUUUUUACCGUAUGUUCGCUAUUGCGCGCCAAGUUAUUAAAUUCUUUGCUUGCAUCACGCAAAAAUAUAUACACGCACAUAAUAUAAACGAUUUAUAACGAAUUUUGGUAUCGGAAGCUCAAAUACAAUAAUAAUAAAUAAAGCUGACGACAUGAAUACGAGCACAUUCGCAUUGUCGUCGUCAUCGACAUCGCCUCGUCGUCCUAUCUCGUCAUAUCAUCGUAGUAUACUACAACAGCAACAAUUUCGUCGUAAAUGUCGAAAUAAAUUUCCAUCAAAUAGUCAAGAUGGUGAUCAAAGUAGUAAGAUGAUGUCAUCACAAGAUCAUGGAAAGGCCGAUCAACCAUCGGCAAAACUUCGACGCUCAUCUUCAACAUAUUCAUCGGCAUCAGCAAAUAAUACAAACAUUGGUCAACAUGUGGAUCGGCGUUAUCAGCAGAUCAAAUUCAAAACAAAUCCAUUCCAAUAUCUAUCAUUUCGAUUCAUCGAUCUCUUACAUAAAGCAUUCGAAAAAGAAGAAAAAGUUGAUGAGCUUGAACAAAUGAUCAAUGAAAUCUGUGGUGGUCAAGAGUUUAUCUAUCGACGGCAACAGGAAAUCGAUGUACUUUGUCAGAAAACAUCAUUUUCUAAAAAAGAGAUCAAAUUACUAUAUUGGGGCUGGAAAUUGGCUUGUCCUGAAGGCGUUUUGAACGAGCCCAUCUUUAAGGAUAUUUAUUCACAAUUCUUUCCACAAGCAGGCGAUUCAUCUAUAUAUGCUCGAUAUGUGUUUCAAGCAAUGUUUGCCGAUGAAUUAUCUCGUAAUGAACCGAUCACAUUCCUGGAAUAUGCCAAGGCAUUAUCGAAUCUUUGCCGUGGAACAUUGACGGACAAAAUAAAAUGGAUAUUCACAUUGUAUGACAUUAAUCAUGAUGGUCGUAUCACCUAUGAUGAAGUAUAUAAAAUGUCCGUAGCCAUCUAUGCUUUGCUUGGAUUCCAUGUUACACCUGCACAUAAUUACAAAACCUAUGAAGAACAUGCUCGUCGUAUGUUUGCUAAAUUGGAUCAAAAUUCUAUUGGUUAUGUAACGUUUGACGAAUUCAAAGAUAUUUGUCUUAAGAAUGAGACUAUCCUUACAUCGAUGCAACAAUUGGAUACACAUUCAAUUUGAAUGAUAGCAAUUCUUCCUUUUUCUCUUCCAAUAUUUGCUGUUCCGGUUUUUUUUGCUGUUAUAUAUCAUUGAUUUAACAGUAUAUCAAUUAUUAUUAAUUAAUAUA